UCUGGUGUUUCCGUGUGUAGUGUUGUUACCUAGACUGAGCUGUGACUGGACUAAGUGCAGAUGUUUCAUUAUUGAGCGUCAUUUCACGCCAAUUGUCCGCUCUGCGAAAUUGUCACCAUGAAAUCGUCUCUUCUGCUUCUACUGUGCUGUGCUUUUUCAGCACUGACGGUGGCUCAAGUGGACAAGGCUCCUGCAACUUUGACCCCUGCCAAAAAGUUUGUGACUGACCAAACAAGUGUUUCACCUGUUCCCUCCACCAAGGCUACAACGCCUGUUCCCUCCACCAAGGCUACAACGCCUGUUCCCUCCACCAAGGCCACAACGCCUGUUCCCUCCACCAAGGCUACAACGCCUGUUCCCUCCACCAAGGCUACAACGCCUGUUCCCUCCACCAAGGCUACAACGCCUGUUCCCUCCACCAAGGCUACAACGCCUGUUCCCUCCACCAAGGCUACAACGCCUGUUCCCUCCACCAAGGCUACAACGCCUGUGCCUUCCACUAACGCUACAACCAAAGCUGCACCCUCCACCAACGCUACAACGCCUAUGCCUUUCACCAACACAACCACAACACCGACGUCGCCUCCUUCUCCUCCUGAACCCACGCCGCCCGCCAAAUUGAACGUUGGGAUCUACAGCCUGAAGAAGGGCAAGGUGGUCUGCCUGAUGGCUCAAAUGGCACUGCAGAUCCGCCUGAUGACACCAAAGGCCAAUGGGACCUUUGUGAUUCAGCCUAAUAAGACCAAAGCAGUCGGGGAGUGUCAGGAGAACAUGGCUAACCUCACACUGGUCUUCCAGGAGGGUUUUAUCACCUUUAUGUUCAACAAGAGCUUGGCUGAAAACAAGGUCUAUGUGGAUGCUCUGUCUUUUGUCCUGUCCUACCCUUUCAGUACAGCCAACGGACAUUACUCCGCCAGCAACCAGUCGAUGAGAAGCUUUGCCGCAAAAAUCGGCCACUCGUAUUCCUGCAAGAGCGAUUCGCUCUACAUGGGGAAUGGACUGUCUUUGGAUGUCAAGCAAAACAGGAUGCAGGCCUUCAAUCUGACCAAGAGCAAUGACUUUGGCAUCACUGAUCUGUGUGCAGCCGACCAGCCAGAUUAUCGGGUGGCCAUUGGAGUAGGGGUCACGCUGCUGGUGCUUAUUUUGGUGGUAGUGGUGGUCUACCUGUUGGGCCGCAAGAGGAGGACCGAUGGCUACCAGUCUCUGUGAGGCCAGCCAUGCCCCAGGGGUGGCUGGGUAAGAAAGAGUGUGCUCUCAAGGGCACCAAAAUGCAUAUUUUGCUCAAAAUGUGUGACUGGAAUUUCAUUUGGUUCUUUUUUUUCCACUGUUGACAUUUUGUUUUAGCAUUUUGUUUUAGCAUUUUGUUUUAAAGUGUUGUUUUUACUAUGAGAAUUGUACUAAUGUAGCCCUCAUACACUUAGAUAUGUGUUGCUUUUUUUUUUUUACCAUGAAUUAGCAAAAAGGGAUGUUACUGCAUGUGUUGAUAAUGACAUGUGAUGUACUGAUCAAUUAUAAUUGCACUAAUAAGGGUUACAGCUGAGGUUGUACAUAUAUGGUCAUUUGAAUAAAACCCUUGUUUCUAGCUUUAUGGCUUCAGAUAACAAAACAUGCAAAUUGUUUACAUUCUUGCUUAACACAGCCAAAAUUAAGUGGAACAUAAAAUACAUAUUAAUAAUAUAUUUGUGUUGUGCAUGUUGCCAUUGUGUACGGCGGUACAGUAACAAUCAACAUCGAUGUUGAUUGUUACUGUAGAUGCAUAUUUUUCUCCCUUUGAAUGCUUUUUGUGCCAUUAAAGAACAAUGUUUAUUCCAAUAAUAACCAGUUGAGCCAAUGGGUAACAACAUGGCUUUUUUAACGUUGUAAUGUACCUUUAAAAAACAUGUAUAAAUUUAAACAGAAUGGUAAUAUUAUUAUUACUGGAUUUGACACCUCUUAUUAAAUUGUGGCUGUCAUGCAACCUGGGCUUUCGUAUCAAUGAUUUUAAAUUGGACCGUCAGAUUGGCACAGUGGUGAAAGCCAGCUUUUUUUAUUUACGUCAGCUGGCCAAGGUUAAAAAUCUUUCUAGGCAACAGUUUGAGACAGUAAUCCAUGCAUUUAUUACAUCUCGGCUGGAUUACUGUAACUCUUUGUAUAUUGGUAUUACUCAAUCCUCUCUCUCAUGUCUGCAGCUGGCCCAAAAUGCAGCUGUCCAAAUUUUAACAAACACAAGAAAAAGAGAGCACAAUACUCCUGUUUUAGCCUCCCUCCACUGGCUGCCUGUGUCUUUUAGAGUCCAUUUUAAAAUGAUCUUACUCGUUUUUAAAUCCUUACAUGGUCUUGCCCCACCUUACCUCUCUGAGCUGCUCCACCUCUAUUACCCUACCGGGUCCCUCAGGUCAGCUGAUCAGCUGAUCCUGGAGGUACCCAAAUCAAAGCGCAAUCAAUGUUGCGGGUCCCAAACUCUGGAACGAUCUCCCACUCCAUGUGAGACAGGCCCCUUCUUUGGCUAUUUUUAAGACCCUUCUUAAAACCCACUUUGAUUCACUGGCUUUUCACCCAGCAUGAGACUUUAAACUGUUUUUAACUUUUAACUUUUUUAAUUGUUUUUAACUUUUUAACUGCUUUUUAUCUAACAAAUUGUUCUUAGGGUAAUUUGGAUUUGCUAUUUCAAUGUGUUUUUUAUUUCUCUUUUAAAUGUUAUUUUUUUAGUCUGUCCUUUGCCUUUAUUUUUUUGUAGUGUACAGCCCUUUGUUCUUCAACUGUGGUUGUUUUUAAAGGGCUUUAUAAAUAAAGUUGGUAUGGUAUGGUA